AACCUACGUCAUCAUCCCGCGACAGGCGCACGCUCACAACACAGCGCCGUGGAAGUGUCGUGCGGGACUUGUUUCUCAUCGCGAAUCAUUUCAAACCUUUCCAUGAGCGAGAGCAGCGACGAUGACGCCCCGACGCUGUCGGCUCACGCUCUCGCCGCCCUGCAGGAGUUCUACAACGAGACCAGCGACGCGCCGCCCGCCCCCCAGUUCGCUGUGGGAGCAGUGGAGGAGGACUGGCGGAUGAGUCAGUUCUGGUACAGCGACGAGACGGCGACCCGGUUAGCCGAGGAGCUCGUACGAGAGGCCGGAGAGGGAGGCAGGAUAGCAUGUGUGAGCGCGCCCAGCGUGUACCAGAAGCUGAAGCAGGGCGUCGUGUUCGGCUCCGAUCGCGUCUCCGCCGUCGUGCUGGAGUUCGACCGCCGCUUCGCCGCCUACGGCGACGACUUCGUCUUUUACGACUACAACGAGCCGCUGGCCCUCCCCCCCCCGGCCGCCGCGGAGAGCAGCUUUGACAUCGUGCUCGCCGACCCGCCGUACCUGUCCGAGGAAUGUCUGAGCAAGGUGUCCCAAACCGUCAGGUACCUGAGCAAAGGAAAAGUGCUGCUCUGUACAGGAGCGGUCAUGGAGGAGCCGGCCCGGCGCCUCCUCGGCGUCUCCACGUGCCGCUUCUUGCCGACGCACCGCAGGAACUUGUCCAACGACUUCCGCUGCUUCGCCAACUAUUCGUCUCAGCUGCUGUCCUGAAGACGCGUCCUCUUCGGAAUGUUUACUGGUUUUACAUCAUUUCAAACUGGGUUUUGGACUUUGACUGCGGGACAUCGUGAUGGACUCGUUUUCUGAUGUUUCUCGGCUCCAUUGGUCAAAUAAUAUGCGGUUGUCUUGAGGUGCUCAGUCAACCCCUGGAUGAUGUCAUCAGGGGGAUGGUGUUUUUUUUAACACAUAGCCUGCAUGUGUACUGAAUUCUGUAGAUGCAUUGUGGGUAAUGUAGGAGGGAAUUGGAAGUAAAGGAUAUUUUGGCCUCAUUUGCUUUGAUUUGAAAGUUACUGUUGAUAAACGUGCUUUUUUAUUCACGAUACUACGAAUUAAAAAUCAUAUUUUUUUUGACCAACUAUUAAAGUAAUUCUCUUUACA